UUUUAAAGUAUAUUAAAAGGAAAAUUAGUUCAAUAUGGAAUCAAAUAAAAUUAUUCUCUUUUUCCCUCCCCUACUGCUCGAAGGCUCUACGAUUUUAAUUGUUUAUUGAAGCUAUUGAGAUGGCGGCAUCAGCAGUGAAAGCUGGCUCACUGGUUAGGUUACAAGAACUGAGCCCUUCUUCCCCAAACUUCAAGCAUGGCGCCUCAUUUAGGGUUACUGGGAAGCUGCAAGAUUACGAUUUGGAGACAGCAAUUGCUGUAAUAGUCGAUGAAGGUGCCAGCUUAAAGGUUGACACUAAGCACUUAAGCAUCAACAUUCGCUCGGGUUCCAUCUAUCAGUUUAUCGGGGAACUCCAUAUUGAACCUAAUAACGAGGCAAUUUUGAAGGCUCGGGUGGGUCGAAUUGUGGAUGGGUUGGACGUUAACCUCUACAAUCAAACGCUUCAGCUACUAAAGGAAUUUGUAGCUGAACAAAUAAAUUCUCAAUCGGCUUAAGAGCACAUGUCUGAUAUUAAGAGGUUUAUUAUUCUGCGGCUUGACCAUUAGCAUUAUGUGCGUGAACAAGUGAUUACUUGCUAGAAAAAUGCUUUUAUGAUAAGAAUUUUGACAUGAUAGCCAACAUGAAAUGGUGUAUAAGUUUUGAGAUUGUUGAUUUUAAAGUUGUAUGUGAAAUUGUGAAUUAUGUCAUCGUUGGUGUGAUUGUACUAUUUGAUAAGUUUCGAGUCUAACUCUACUCCUAAAAGUGAAAUAAAUUGUUUCCCCUUUCCUUUGUUGGAAUAUUAUAAACUAGGUGACAAGUUUGUGGGUGUUGUGUUGUCCACCUUUGUAAUCUAACACCACAAAUUACAUUUUAUAAUACCAUAACAAGACA